AGCCGCGGCACCACGCGUGCACGUCUCGCACCAAAAGUAGCCGCUGCUCCUGCCUUCCUGCAGCAGCGGCAGCACAGAGCAGAGGCUUCCAGCUUCCCCACCAGGCUGUGCUUUUCGGCUUUGAAGGAAGUUGCCUCGUAUUGCCUCUGGAUUUGUUUUUCUGUCUCUUAUGGCUCACAAAGAUCUCUUUGCUCCCCAUAAAGAGCCGCGCUGGCGAGGUUCUCCUGCACUUGUACGGAUUGCUUCCCAAACGUUUUCUCUCCGGAGACGUGAAGAUUAAAUCGAGGCUUUCCUGCAGCGAGCGUUUCCAUUCUACUUGCCAAUAAUGCAUAAGAGUUGCAAAUUUAAUGGCAGACCUUGAAGUAUAUAAAAACUUAAGUCCAGAAAAAGUUGAAAGAUGCAUGAGCGUUAUGCAGUCUGGGACUCAGAUGGUUAAGCUGAAGAGUGGAACCAAAGGGCUCGUUCGUCUCUUCUACCUGGAUGAGCACAGAACCUGCAUCCGAUGGAGACCGUCCAGAAAAAGUGAAAAGGCAAAAAUUGUCAUCGAUUCCAUUUACAAAGUCACCGAAGGCCGGCAGUCCGAAAUCUUCCACCGCCAUGCAGAGGGGAACUUUGACCCGAGCUGCUGCUUCACCAUUUACCACGGCAACCACCUGGAGUCCCUGGAUCUGAUCACCUCCAACCCUGAGGAAGCUCGCACCUGGAUCACGGGGCUGAAAUAUUUGAUGGCUGGAAUAAGUGAUGAGGACUCGCUUGCUAAGCGACAGAGAACACACGAUCACUGGGUGAAGCAGACCUUUGAGGAGGCUGACAAGAACGGAGACGGCCUGCUGAACAUUGAAGAGAUCCACCAGCUGAUGCAUAAACUCAACGUUAACCUGCCCCGCAGGAAGGUCCGGCAGAUGUUUCAGGAAGCUGACACAGAUGAGAACCAAGGAACCUUAAAUUUUGAAGAAUUUUCGGUGUUUUACAAGAUGAUGUCCUUACGUCGAGAUCUCUACUUGUUGCUCUUAAGCUACAGUGACAAGAAGGAUCACCUCACUGUUGAAGAACUUGCUCAGUUUCUAAAGGUGGAACAAAAGAUGAAUAACGUGACGCCAGAAUACUGUCUUGACAUCAUACAGAAGUUUGAGGUAUCAGAAGAAAACAAGGAGCAGAAUGUUCUGGGGAUUGAAGGUUUCACCAACUUCAUGCGCAGUCCUGCUUGUGACGUAUUCAACCCAUUGCACUGCGAAGUGCAUCAGGAUAUGGAUCAGCCCCUCUGUAACUAUUUCAUUGCUUCGUCUCACAACACGUACCUGACGGGGGACCAGCUGCUGUCCCAGUCCAGAGUGGAGAUGUACGCGCGGGUGCUGCAGGAUGGCUGUCGAUGUAUCGAAGUGGAUUGCUGGGAUGGUCCAGAUGGAGAGCCAGUAGUGCACCACGGGUAUACGCUUACCUCUAAAAUACUCUUCCGUGAUGUGGCAGAAACCAUCAAUAAGCAUGCUUUCGUCAAAAAUGAGUUUCCGGUGAUACUGUCUAUUGAGAAUCACUGCAGUAUCCAGCAGCAGAAGAAGAUUGCUCAGUACUUGAAGGAGAUAUUUGGUGACAAAUUGGACUUGUCAUCUAUAGUCACCGGAGACUCCAGGCAGCUUCCUAGUCCUCAGAUUCUGAAAGGGAAAAUCCUAGUGAAGGGAAAGAAGUUGCCGUACAGUCUUGGAGCAGAUGCUGAGGAAGGAGAAGUUUCCGAUGAGGAUAGUGCUGAUGAAAUCGAAGACGACUGCAAAUUAAAGUCCUGCUAUAGUAAUGGUGCAACAGAGCACCAAGUGGAAUCUUUCAUAAGAACAAAGCUUGAAUCUCUGAUAAAAGAAUCCCAAAUCAGGGACAAAGAAGAUCCUGACAGCUUCACUGUGAGAGCACUGUUAAAGGCAACUCAUGAAGGUUUAAGUGUUAACCUGAAACAGAACCUGGACACAAAAGAAGGUGGAAAAAAGUCUCAUAGUCGAUCAUUAAUGGGCAACUUUGGUAAACACAAAAAAGCAGGGAAGGCAACAUCCAAAUACAGCGCAUCAGAUGAUGAAGAAAAUCAGCAAAACUCUUCUGGAAAGGAAGCAGGGCAGCUCCACAGCAGGCUGGCUCGUCGAAGAAAAACUGUGAAGCUGUGCCGAGCUCUGUCUGACCUGGUGGUGUACACAAACUCCGUGGCAGCCCAGGAUAUAGUAGAUGACGGAUCAACAGGGAACGUGCUGUCAUUCAGUGAAACAAGAGCCCACCAAGCAGUGCAGCAGAAGGCCGAACAGUUCAUGCUUUACAACCAGAAGCAGCUUACAAGGGUCUACCCAUCGGCAUACCGGAUCGACUCCAGCAACUUUAACCCUUUACCUUACUGGAAUGUUGGUUGCCAGUUAGUGGCACUUAACUACCAGUCUGAAGGACGUGUGAUGCAAUUAAAUGAAGCAAAAUUUAGAGUAAAUGGCAACUGUGGUUAUGUCCUCAAACCUCAGCAGAUGUGCAAAGGCACAUUCAACCCCUACUCUGCCGAUCCUCUUCCUGCCAGUCCCAAAAAGCAGCUCAUUCUGAAAAUAAUCAGUGGACAGCAGCUACCUAAGCCUCCUGACUCGAUGUUGGGUGACAGAGGAGAGAUAAUAGAUCCCUUUGUCGAGGUGGAAAUUAUUGGAUUACCUGUUGACUGCUGUAAAGAUCAGACCAGGGUGGUUGAUGACAAUGGGUUUAAUCCUGUUUGGGAGGAAACACUCACUUUUACCAUUCACAUGCCUGAAAUAGCUUUGGUUCGAUUUCUCGUUUGGGACCAUGACCCUAUUGGGCGAGACUUCGUGGGACAAAGAACCGUGGCCUUUAGCAGCCUUGUGCCUGGUUAUCGCCACGUGUAUUUAGAAGGACUGACAGAAGCAUCCAUAUUUGUUCAUAUAACCAUUAAUGAGAUCUAUGGGAAGUGGAGCCCUUUAAUCCUCAAUCCCAGUUACACAAUAUUGCACUUUCUAGGAGCCACAAAGAAUAAGCAGCUGAUAGGACUCCGAGGGUUGUUUAACAAGAACCCUAAGCACAACGCUGCAGAAACCAGCGGUCACUACGUACGGAAGCGAUCUAUUGGUGACCGGAUUCUCCGGCGCACAGCUAGUGCACCUGCAAAAGGCAGGAAGAAAAGUAAAAUGGGUUUUCUGGAAGCUACGGAAAUUAAAGACAGUACCUCUGAACCAGCAGACCUGAAAGACAAAGAAGGAGUCGUAAGGCGUACAAGCCGGAGUUUGCAAGCACGUCCUGCUUCUAUGCCAGUGGACAAAUACCUUCUGGUAGGACUGCCGUGCCCGGACAAUGAACCUGCUCAAGAUGCCAAAGGAAAAGAAAACACAUCUGCCAACAGCGAUGGCAAUAGAAAUGAGAAGGAAACGAACUUGAAAGAAUCUGUUUUCACCUGUUCUGAGAAAACAGCAAGUAUUUCAAAUUCGGCUUCUCCCUUUGGAAAGGAGAAGGCGCAGAAGGAAACGACUGUUGAUUCUUCCUUAGCACCACCUCUCCAGGAACAAUGUGAAAAUUUAGUCUUCGCAAGUGGAGUCGCUGAAACAAAUCACCUCAAAGGCUAUCAAGAAAAUCAUCUUUCUGGUGAAACUGCCCCUCUAGUGCAGGCCUCUGAUUUUGAGCUUGUCACAGAAAAAAUAGAAGACAAAAACUGUGCAGACAAUAAAAAGGAAGAUGACCCAAAAGAGACUAAGGAGGAGAAAACUCCUGUGGGGACUUGGCUUUCUGAAAAAGUAGAGGAGAUGGAAAAUCUCAACCAUGACAUCAAGAAAAGCACCACAGCAGCUCUGUCUGUGACGGACACUUCCUCUGCCGCCUGCUCCGAUGCUCCCGACUUACAUUCCACGUCAGCAAUGCAAGACAGUGACAUUUCUCGCCUCAUAGAGGAAGUUUCUUUAGUGAGUGAGAGCGAGCUGGAUAGUGCUGUCUCUGCUCUGAUCAGGCAGCUGGAUGUCACAGACGGCCAAGCCAAUCUCCCUGUGCUCUCAGGCCUCCAUGGCGCUGGCAGCCAGACCUUUGGCGCCGUGCCUGCGCACCCCUGCAUGCUUGCUGCAGAACUGAGCACUCCCUGUAAACAUGACUUUAUUACCACCAAAUCCAUCAAAUCCCCAUUAUUCUCAACUCCAGAUCCAGCCCUGUUCUCCAGCCCCGAGACCGCAGAGUACUCUGUGUACGCCAUUAUCCACGAAGCGUCUCUCACGCCACCUUCUGAAUUUAAGACACACAGUGGAUUGGUUUGCAAGGAAAAGUCAAACAGUGUAGAAAAUAACUUGCCUAGCACGCCUUGUUCUUCACCUCUCUCUUUGCCAAGUGCAGAUCCCAAAAGGAAAUGUGGAAUGAGCUGGGAAGCCACCAAGUCUGCCAGCUCUCUGGCUUCCAAUAGCCUCAUCUUCGAGGAGACGCUCGUUGACCCUCCCACGGGGGAGAAUUCAGAAAGCAGCAGUCUUGUAGAAAUCGAUGGGGAUUCUCAGGACCUCUUGGUAACUGCAUGCGAGUACAAGCGGGAAGACAUGAGCCAACUGGCCUCCCCGUUAAAGCUGAGGCAGCAGCAGGACAGCAGGCGCUGCGGUGAGAGGACCUUUGGGAACUGCACAGCUGUCGAGCUCUGUGCUGCUGCCCUGGACUGCUCAGAUAGCUUCAGGACUGCGGGGCGUAAACUCCCUUUCCCAGUCUGUGAAAACGUUGAUUUUGUACAUCACCAUCAUCGUGCAGAUAAGCAGACAGGUGCGAUGUGGACCUCCAAGGGAUCCCAACUCAACGUACACUCAUCGGCACUCAAAAGUUCUUUGGCUUUCCCUCCCUCUUCAGCCAUCAAGCAGACCAGCCCUUGCAAAUCCAAGAGUCUCGGUGACUUGACGUCGGAGGAUAUUUCCUGCAAUUUCGAAAGUAAGUAUCAGUACAUCAGCAGGAGCUUUAUCACAUCCGGCAUGAGAGACAAGAAGCUCGCUGCUAUGAAGACCAUGAGACCCCAUUCCACAGAUGCUCUGACGGAACAGCUGAGAAAACUGGUGUCCCUGGACCAGGAGGACAGCCACCAGAUGCUGUAUUCCAGGCAGAUCGAGGAAGACUGCCCAAAGGCCCUGGUCAGAAAGCUGUCGUCCAGAAGCCAGAGCAGAGUGCGGAACAUAGCCAGCCGCGCCAAGGAGAGGCAGGAAGCCGCCAGCAAGCAGAGGUCUUCUCACACGAGCAGCAUAGCAGGGGUCGUCCUUCGGAACAAGCCUUCGGCGUCUCCUCACGUGAUCAACAGGCAUUCGACGGGCUCGUACAUAGCCAGGUACCUGAGCAGCUUCCCCGGGGAGGACGUGGAGGGCCAAGGAAUUCCGGAGGGCGCCUGCGCUGCUCUGCACUACGGCUGCAGCGACCAGUUGUGUGCACGCAGUUCUGUUCUGCAGCUGGAAGCCAACAGCGAUGAUAAGCCAGAAAUUUAUUUCCUGCUGAGGCUGUAGGUUGUAUAAAUGUACAUCUUCAAUGUUUACAAACUAUUUCAAUGAAAUGAAGGACUUUUAUCAGGAAAUACUGUUUUGAGGGUUGUUUAAAUUAUUUAGAAAUGCGAUUUCAUGCUAGCGAUUCAGCUGUGAUUUAACGUUCCCUUUCCUGUCAAUGCGUAUGUAAAUAGAAACUGCUCCGUCCGUAUAUAUGUAUUACUUUAAUUUAGAAAUGAUAAAAGGAAGUAGUCUGAGGACUAUUUGCAUGCAAUAAGCAUCUGUACUUGUAAUGCACGGCAUUUUACCAGAUGAGCACAUCUGUGCUCAAGAGUGUAACAUUGCAGUGAAUGCAAGAGUAUUUUUCUGUUGUCCUGAAGUCCUUCUGUUUGGGA